AUGACUUCAGAGACCCACAUGCCAGGCCCUGUGUGCCUCAUUGAGAACACAACAGGGCAACUGGUGAUUAAUCGAGAGGCUCUGAAGAUCCUGUCUGCCGUGACGCAGCCUGUGGUGGUGGUGGCUAUUGUGGGCCUCUACCGCACAGGCAAGUCCUACCUGAUGAACAAGCUGGCUGGGCAGAAAAAGGGCUUCUCUGUUGGAUCCACGGUGCAGUCUCACACCAAGGGAAUCUGGAUGUGGUGUGUGCCUCAUCCCAAGAAGCCAGAACACACCCUCGUUCUGCUUGACACAGAGGGCCUGGGAGAUGUAGAGAAGGUUGACAACAAUGAUACCCAGAUCUUUGCACUGGCGCUCCUGCUGAGCAGCACCUUUGUGUACAACACCAUGAACAAAAUUGACCAGGGGGCUAUCGACCGACUGCACCAUGUGACAGAACUGACAGGUCUGCUCAGUGCAAGGACUGCAUCUAAUCUUGAUGGGGUUGAUGAUGCUGCUGACUUUGUGAGCUGCUUUCCAGACUUAGUGUGGACUCUGAGAGAUUUCUACCUAGACCUAGAAAUAAAUGGGCAACUCAUCACAGCAGAUGAAUACAUGGAGAAUUCACUGAGACCAAAACAAGGUAGUGAUCAAAAAAUUGAAAAGUACAAUUUGUCCCGUCUGUGUAUACACAAAUUCUUUCCAAUAAAGAAAUGCUUUAUCUUUGACUCACCCGCUUACCAGAAAAAGCUUGCCCAGCUUGAGGAACUGCAUAAUGAUGAACUGGAUCCUGAAUUUGUGCAACAAGUGGCCAAAUUCUGUUCUUACAUCUUCAGCCAUUCCACGGUCAAGACUCUUCCAGGAGGCAUCAAGGUCAAUGGGCCCCGUCUAGAGAACCUGGUACUGACCUACAUCAAUGCCAUCAACAGUGGGGAGCUGCCGUGCAUGGAGAACGCAGUCCUGACCUUGGUGCAGAUAGAGAACUCAGCUGCGGUACAAAAGGCCAUUGCCCACUAUGACCAGCAGAUGGGCCAGAAGGUGCAGCUGCCCACAGACACCCUCCAGGAGCUGCUGGACCUGUACAGAGCCUGUGUGAGAGAGGCCACUGAAGUCUUCAUAAAGAACUCUUUCAAGGAUGUGGACCAAAGAUUUCGGAAGGAAUUACAGACCAUACUAGAUGCAAAGCAGAAUGAUAUUUGCAGACAGAACUUGGAAGCAUCAUUGGAUCAUUGCUCAACUUUACUGCAGAGUAUUUUUGGUCCUCUACAAGAAGCAGUGAAGCAGGGGGUUUAUUCUAAGCCAGGAGGCCAUAAUCUCUACAUUAAGAAGAUGGAAGAGUUGAAGGCAGAGUACUAUCAGAGGCCUAAGAAAGGAAUACAGGCUGAGGAAGCUCUGCAGAAAUAUUUAAAGUCCAAGGAAUCUGUGAGUGAUGCAAUUCUACAGACAGACCAGGCUCUCACAGCGAGGGAAAGGGAGAUGGAAGAGGCACGUGUGAAAGCAGAGGCUGCACGGGCUGAAGCACAAAGGUUGGAGGAGAUUCAAAGGCAGAACCAGCGAAUGAUGGAGCAGAGGGAGAGAGAGUAUCAGGAACAAGUGAGGCAAAUGCAGAUAAACCAUGCAAACUGGGUGGCAGAGCAACAGAGGGCCCAGCAGCGUCAGCUCCAGGUAUUCAUUGACUGUUUCGACUCAGGAUUUUAAUCAUCUCUUGCCUGUCUGUAAUGAUGACAGCAUAAUAUUGUGGCUCAGUGCAAGGACCCUGCAGCCAGACUGCCUGGGUGUGAAUCCAAGCCCCACCUCUCAGUAAGCAUAUGGUUUAAGCAAGUUAUCUAUCCCCUCUGUGCCUCAUGUUCCUCUUUUG